UUAUUUUGGGCAGGCAUAUCGAUAGCAUUUUUGUUUUGAAAAUUUUACACAGUAGUUUUGUAGUCAAGUAGAUUCUUUAACACCCAUUAUGUGCUUCUACGUUGCAAAUUUAAAUAAGAAAAAUUUUUAUUUUACCGUGUUACGAAUGUGAGGGAUUCAAAAUGCCAAUAUUUUGUGAUUUCUGUCUUAAAUACAGAUUGUGUGUAAAUUACCCCAUGUCUGUUUCGACUGAUUAAAGCUAAAUAUAGUUUGCGUUCAAAGUUUGGUGUGUCAUCAGCAGAUGUGUGUUGGGAGGAGAAAAGAGGACUUACAGUAACUGACGAUGCGAGAAUUGCACUUGAUAUUUGGCCGCGCAUUUCAGAGGUUCUGUCAUGCCGCGAUCGUUUCUUGUGAGAACUAAAAAGACUCACCCCGCCGGUCCAUCCAAGGGCUCCGUUAGACAGAAGGAUGAAUCCGAUCAAGGUGGAAAGGACACUGGGGAUAACGUGCCGGCCGUUUUGGCAAAGGAGAUUUUAUCUGAGGUUCGUUCUCCAUGUGAGACAGCAUCUCGGCGGAGUCAACGCUGUCUUGCAUGGAAUCCCUCUGGAUCUGCAACCUCCACAGGGACAGAACUGGACUCUGCUUGGUCAGCGGAAAGACACCAAACAUCUGACAGAGAGCGACAACUGGAGAAGCUGGUCUUCAUGUUACUCCACCGCACAUCACAUGCAGACCUCAGCUGGUCAUUCAGCCAGUGUCCUCUGUGUGAAAAGUCCCAAGUAGAUCUGCAGGCUCAUAGUAGUAGCAGCUUUCAUGUCCCUUUGAUGAGUUCCCCAUCCACUGAAAUGUCCUCAAUGACUUUCACAGCAAUUGAGAGCUACGGAAGAGCAAAGGCACGGAGCUUUGGCUGCAAGGUGUGUGGAAAAAUGUUCAAGCGCUCGUCCACGCUGUCCACACAUCUGCUCAUCCACUCGGACACCAGGCCUUACCCGUGCCAGUACUGUGGCAAAAGGUUCCACCAGAAGUCGGACAUGAAGAAACACACGUUCAUACAUACAGGUGAGAAACCACACGUGUGCAAGGUGUGCGGUCGAGGAUUCAGUCAAAGCUCCAACCUCAUCACUCACACUCGGAAACACGACGACCACCACCGAGCGUUCGGCUGCCCCCGCUGUCACCGCAGCUUCCAACGCAGGGUCGACCUGCAGCGCCACCAAGAAACCCCGUGCGGCUAUGGUAGUAGAUACGCUCAGAACUGAUGAUGUCAAAUACGUGACAAUGAGUGAGAUUAAAAGAGGGAGAAAUUAAAAAGAUUUCUCGAAUAAAA